UCUAUAUAGGCUGGCUUUUGCCUACUUUCUGACACAUUUUUGCCUUCUCCCAAAGGACGUAGCCGUUGACCCAUCAUCCUCCCUUCGCGUUGCCAUCGCUCUAAGCUCUCAGAAAAAACUUAGAAAAAUAACCAAAGCGGCAGAGGCUCAGGUCAAAAAGUCUCAAACCCACGAAACCCGAGCCCAAACGAUUAAAAACGAAGCUGAAAAAAGGUAUUCAACAAAGCGGGUCCGGAGCAUAGUCCGGGCCCCACAUCCACCUACACCAGCAUUCUCGCUCCGAUCUCAUUCUUGUUCGAUUCAGCAAGUGGGGGGUGUUGUAUUUUUUGGUGAUCUCAGAGUGGGGGGGAUAGAUGGGUUCGAAGCAAUGGCUGUCACCGGCUCCGACCUAUCGUAGCUUGGAGACCUACUGGGACACGGACGAUGACGGACCUGGUCCCCGAUGCGGUCACACCCUCACCGCCGUCGCCGCCUCCAAAUCCCAUGGCCCGCGGCUCAUCUUAUUCGGCGGCGCUACCGCCAUCGAAGGCGGGGCAUCCUCCUCCGCCCCUGGCAUCAGGUUAGCGGGUGUCACCAAUUCGGUUCAUUCUUAUGACGUUCUUACCAGGAAAUGGAUCAGAAUUAGGCCCGCCGGUGACCCGCCGUCGCCUCGGGCUGCACAUGCUGCGGCUGCAGUUGGAACUAUGGUUGUUUUCCAGGGUGGGAUAGGUCCUGCUGGACAUUCCACAGAUGAUCUAUACGUGCUGGACAUGACAAAUGAUAAGUUUAAGUGGCACAGGGUGGUUGUACAAGGACAAGGACCUGGACCUCGCUAUGGCCAUGUAAUGGACUUGAUUGCUCAAAGAUAUCUUGUCACUGUCAGUGGGAAUGAUGGGAAAAGGGUUCUAUCUGAUGCUUGGGCUUUGGAUACGGCUCAGAAACCUUAUGUAUGGCAGAGGCUGAACCCUGAAGGUGAUAGACCUUCUGCUAGAAUGUACGCGACAGCUAGUGCCCGCUCAGAUGGCAUGUUUUUGCUGUGCGGUGGAAGAGACACUUCUGGCGCGCCACUUGCGGAUGCUUAUGGGCUGCUCAUGCAUAGGAAUGGUCAGUGGGAGUGGACUCUAGCACCAGGCGUGUCUCCUUCACAAAGGUAUCAGCAUGCUGCGGUUUUUGUUGGUGCUCGAUUGCAUGUUACAGGAGGUGCCCUUAGAGGAGGACGUGCAGUCGAAGGUGAAGCAGCUAUUGCAGUAUUGGACACUGCUGCCGGAGUUUGGUUAGAUAGAAACGGCCUGGUCACCACUUCGCGCACAAGCAAGGGACACGCUGAAUAUGAUUCUUCUUUGGAGCUUAUGCGUCGUUGUCGCCAUGCAGCUGCAUCUGUUGGUGUUCGUAUAUAUAUUUAUGGUGGUCUCAAGGGAGAUAUACUGUUGGAUGAUUUUCUGGUAGCAGAAAAUUCACAAUAUCAGCCUGACAUGAAUUCUCCUGUAAUAACCUCUGAGAGAGCCUUACCAAUAACAAGUACCAGAGUGAAUCAAUCAAAUGUAAACCCUUAUGUGACGACACCAACUUUGGAUAGUGGAGAAGAGAUUCUUUCAUCUGGUGGCUUGAGCUUUAGCAACAUGGACAAAAAUUCUUUGGAGAAACUGAGGGAGGCUUCUGCUGCUGAAGCUGAGGCAGCUGCUGCUGUCUGGCAAGCUGCGCAGGCUGCAUCUGCCUCUCCUGCUGAAGAGACGUCUGUAUCAGAUGACAAUUCCCAAGCAGCAGAAACAACUUCAGAUGGUAGUGAUACUGAAGCAGAUGUUCGUCUUCACCCAAGAGCUGUUGUAGUUGCUAAAGAGACUGUAGGUAACCUGGGUGGGAUGGUAAGACAGUUAUCUUUGGAUCAAUUUGAGAAUGAGAGCAGACGAAUGAUUCCAAUGAACAAUGAUUUAUCCUAUCCUACUAAAAAGUUCACCAGGCAGAGGUCUCCUCAGGGCUUACAUAAGAAGAUUAUUACUACAUUGCUCAAGCCUCGUAACUGGAAACCUCCUGCCAAUAGGAGGUUUUUCCUUGAUUCUUAUGAAGUGGGCGAGCUCUGUUAUGCUGCUGAACAGAUCUUUAUGCAUGAGCCAACAGUCCUUCAGCUGAAAGCACCUGUUAAAGUAUUUGGUGAUCUCCAUGGACAAUUUGGUGAUUUGAUGCGGCUAUUUGAUGAAUAUGGAUUUCCCUCCACUGCAGGAGACAUAACGUAUAUUGACUACUUGUUUUUGGGCGACUAUGUUGAUCGAGGACAACAUAGCUUGGAGACCAUAACUUUGCUCCUAGCUCUUAAGAUUGAAUAUCCUGAGAAUGUUCACUUAAUACGUGGAAACCAUGAGGCUGCUGACAUAAAUGCUCUCUUUGGUUUUCGCCUUGAAUGCAUUGAGAGAAUGGGAGAGAAUGAUGGAAUAUGGGCAUGGACACGAUUUAAUCAACUAUUCAACUAUCUCCCACUUGCUGCACUUAUUGAGAAGAAAAUUAUCUGUAUGCAUGGUGGCAUAGGGAGAUCUAUACAUUCAGUAGAACAGAUAGAGAAGCUUGAAAGGCCAAUAACAAUGGAUGCUGGAUCUAUAAUUUUGAUGGAUCUUUUGUGGUCUGAUCCUACAGAAAAUGAUAGUGUGGAGGGUUUGAGACCGAAUGCUAGAGGCCCUGGUCUUGUCACUUUUGGGCCUGAUCGAGUCACUGAAUUCUGUAAGAAAAACAAAUUACAGCUCAUUAUAAGGGCCCAUGAAUGUGUCAUGGAUGGGUUUGAACGUUUUGCUCAGGGACAGUUGAUAACUCUUUUUUCUGCUACUAACUAUUGUGGGACGGCAAACAACGCUGGAGCUAUUCUGGUAGUUGGCAGGGGGUUGGUCGUGGUUCCAAAAUUAAUUCAUCCCUUGCCACCUCCCCUUCAGUCUCCGGAGACAUCUCCUGAACGUGUUAUAGAUGACACGUGGAUGCAGGAGCUUAACAUUCAAAGACCGCCAACUCCUACACGUGGCCGACCACAGCCUGACCUUGACCGGAGCUCACUUGCAUAUAUAUGAUGUUACCUCACAAACUUGUGUAAUUUACAACUUGUCAGAGUGGCAAUUCUGCAUUUCUCAGGCUUGGCCCAUCUUGGAUCAGAUCAGUUUUCCAGCCGGAACCGACAUGUCGUGUUCCCAUGGUAUUUUGAAAGAUUCGAGUUGCAGAAGAUGAAGCAUUGUCUAUUUGUACACGGCUCGAGGAUGGUAGAUGUAGCUGUUAGCCAAUUGCUCAUAGUUUCCAGGUUUGUAUAAUAUGUACAAUUUAGAAUGUGAAGAGGCUGCUGCCACCAUACGGAUAACUUAUAGGGAGAGAAGUUGUUUGUGUUAGCUUGUGUAUUGUAAAAUAAAUUAUUUUUUGCAAUUAAUUCCUUUAUAAACUAAACAAUUUUGUAA